UGCUCAAUACGCCCCUAUUGAUGCUGCUUCUAGUAUUCAUAAAACUGGAUUUCGCGAAGCAAGGGUUAAUAUUCAUGGACCAGGUGUUUACUGUUCUCCAAAACCGAGUUUUGUAGAGAAUGGUUAUGCCGGGGUAGCUAAAUUAGAUACAAAAAUUGGUACAAAAACUUUUAAAAUUAUGCUACAAGUAGCUGUCAAUCCUGAUGGUAUCAAGUUUGCCACCGAAGAUAUAUGGAUCGCUAAAAAUUCUCAAGAUAUACGAACUUAUGGAAUACUCAUUAAAGAAGUUUAA